GAUGAAGUGAGGGGUGAUAACACUGAAGCCGAGAUACGGACAGAGGCAUGUAGUCUUUCUGCAUAAAUGGGCAACCAUUCUGAAGGCAAUGUAAUUGAGGAGUGUUCGAAGCCAGGUUAGGAGAUAGGCCAUACCAAGCUUAGGCGAAAUAAGCUCAAGUUAUGGCUCUCUUGCAACUCAUCACAGCAUGCCUCUGCACUCCGGUGUUGGCAGGGGGUCUCCAAAUUCUCCCACCCACACUCCGAACUUCGGAACCCUCCCAAGGCGCUGUAUGGCAAGCGAACAAAAGCCCAAAGACCAUCUACAUCGAGAGCAGUCUAGCCUCCAAAGCCGAUACAGAUGGCUUAAGUCUCAUUCCACCAAGCGGCCACGAUUUCGCGAAGCUCUUCCAACACGACAUUAGCGAGCUUACCGGCGUCAACUGGACAUUACAGCGCGUCGAUCAUCUCCCGAACCCCGCCAACGCCAGCGGCAUCCUUCUCGGCCUGUUCACCGGCAAUACCUCGUCGCUCACAUACGAGAAUGGCGACCCUACGUCAGAGGGCUAUGAGCUCGUCGUCUCUCCGACUGGCGCCUUUAUCGGCGGCACAGGCGCACGCGGAAUGUGGUGGGGGACCAGGACGCUGCUUCAGCUCCUGCUCACAGGGAACGGGACUGUGCCCGCGGGGCGAUCGGUUGACGCGCCGGCAUAUGCCACGCGAGGCUUCAUGCUCGACGCCGGACGCAAAUGGUACGCACCCGCUUUCCUGAAGGAGCUUUGCAGCUUCGCUUCCUUCUUCAAGAUGAGCGAGUUCCACUAUCACCUCAGCGACAAUUACCCGCUCAACCGCGGGCAAAACGCGUCAUGGCAGGACGUCUACUCGCACUUUUCGCUAAGGCCGGAAGACGAGAGUUUGCUACCGAUCCUUCACGGUCGGGAGAAUGAGACGUUAUCCCGAGAGGACUUUGCCGAUCUUCAAAGCCAUUGCGCAUCGAGAGGUGUUACUGUUAUCCCUGAGAUCGAAGCCCCAGGCCAUUGCCUCUACCUCACGAAGUGGAAGCCCGAGCUCUCAUUGCCGAAGCGCGACUUGCUCAAUUUGUCUCAUCCGGACACUAUCCCGACCGUUAAGCGUAUUUGGUCAGAGUUCCUGCCCUGGUUCGAGACAAAAGAAGUUCACGUUGGCGCAGACGAGUAUGAUGCGACGCUGGCCGACGACUACAUUGGGUUCGUGAAUGAGAUGUCUUCCUUCAUCAAUUCCACUACCGGCAAGCGGAUUCGGAUCUGGGGAACGAAUGAGCCAUCCGAGAACAGAACCAUCUCCAAAGACGUAGUCAUCCAACACUGGCAGUACGGCGAAUCGGACCCGGUUUUACUGGCAGACAACGAUUACGAUGUCAUCAACUCCGAGGACUGGUGGGCAUACAUGUCUCUCAAGAACGACCAUAUGCCCAUCCUGCCUGCUCGCUAUCCUCAGUUCUACAACGAGACUCGAGUCCUCAACUUCGCCAACGAACCAGAGUGGCAGUGGACCCCGGCGGAUUUUAACCCUUUUAACAAGACCAUGCAGCUGCCAGAUAGUUCGCCGUCAAACAAAGGUGCCAUUCUUGCAGCAUGGAACGACAAUGGUCCGGAUGCCUCAACCCAGCUGGAGGCUUACUAUGCCAUGCGUCGAGGCAUAGCGCUAGUCGGAGCCCGCGCGUGGAGUGGCAGCCGUGGCGCAGAGCUCGUGGAGGAAGGAGUUGCGUCCAGCAUCGAUUUCUUCACGCCUCUCGCACCGGGGCAGAAUCUUGAGCGCAUAGUGAAGAAGUCCAAAUCUACUUGUAAAAGCCCAUUAUUCUCGUGGUCUCGCUCUUCCAACGACUCCGAGGCAGUACACCUCGACCACGGAAGCAAGGGGAUGAACUAUACACUUACUCUGGCUGCCACUGGACCUUUCAUCCUCUCCGGUCCGGACACCGCUCUCUCGUUAGAUGAAAGUGGCACCCUUGUUUUUACUGCGGACGGAUGGCCUUAUCCUCUUCGGUCCGUGAGCGAACAAGAUGCCAUGCAACUCGACCCUGGGCACCCAGGUCGGAUUUGGUCGAACGUGUCUACUUCGACACACGAAGCAGUGACGGUAUCGAAGCUACCUGCAAACAUCACCAUCACCGCAGACGUGCUUCACGGGAGCAUGGCUUGGAUCAAUGGGCAAUUCGCAGGGCGCUUCGAGGUUUUUGUGUAUGGGGGUCGUAACACACUCUUCAGCUGGAGCCAAAUGGCCUUAGUUGCGCCCUUGGAGGAUGUAAAAGGUCCUGGUUUACAGGGCGUUGUGUUGGAAGGUACUGCCAAUUUGGCGACGUAGAAAGAGCUCGCGUUCAAUGACAAGACAUCUGUUCCUAAUGUUUAAA